CCUCGCACCAUAUUACAACGGUUAUUAUAUUUCAACGGAACACAAAUAAACAAAAGCCCAUUUCAAACCAAAAUCAAACCUAUGCUCAGAAGAGUCAGAACCUAACACUUUCUCUCUGUCAUCCUAUAUAUAGAUAUUGGACUCCUCUGUAUCCCCAUAAAAGAAGUCAAUUAGUCCUUCUUCAAUCUAACUUGAUGCUAUCAAGAAUGGGAAUUCAACACUUCCUUCUCUAUCUAACCUCUAUCUUGAUCCCUCUUUCACAUUUAACAGCCUCUGCACCAAUCGGAAUAUGCUACGGUCGAGUCGCAAACAACCUUCCACCACCGGCCACCGCCGUCAACCUCCUGAAAUCCAAUGGAAUCUCAAGAAUUCGGCUAUUCAAAGCCGACCCAGAAACACUUUCUGCAUUUUCUGGCUCCGGAAUCUUGCUCAUGAUCGGAGUCCCCAACGAAGUCCUCCCUGACCUUGCCGGUGGCACUGUGAGUACCUCGCUGCAAUGGCUUCAAUUCAACAUUUUUGCCCAUAUCACCGCCGAUCAAGUCCAAUACAUUGCCGUCGGGAACGAAAUCUUCCUUAAAGAUCCAUUCUUGACUCCACUUUUGGUCCCUGCCAUUGCCAACCUAUACCAAGCUCUUCAAACACUAGGCUUUGCUAAUACAAUCAAGCUUUCAUCGCCUCAUGCAGCGUCCAUACUCUCCAAUUCAUACCCACCCUCUGCCGGAACUUUCGACCCGAAUCUCCGAUCCGCUAUGAUUCCUCUCCUGCAGUUCCUGCGUGACAGUGGGUCACCAUUGAUGGUCAAUGUGUAUCCAUUUUUCAGCUACACAAACAACCCACAAGACAUAUCACUAGACUAUGCUCUGUUUCGAUCCAAAAACGUUGGACCGGACCAAAACUUGGUGUAUGACAAUCUCUUCGAUGCGACUAUUGAUUCAUUUGUGUCUGCGAUGGAGAGAGAAGGGUUCGCCGGAAUUUCGGUGGUGGUGUCAGAAACAGGGUGGCCCACGUCCGGUGGUGAGGCGGCGAGUGUCGGGAAUGCAUUGGCUUAUAAUGGAGAAGUUGUGAGACGAGCAUUGAACAAUGUUGGUACACCAAAAAGGCCCGGUGUCGGAGUUGAAGUGUUCUUGUUUGAUCUGUUUGAUGAGAAUGAGAAGAAUGGAGAGGAGUUUGAGAAGCAUUUUGGAAUUUUUGAACUAAAUGGUGUCAAGGCUUAUGACCUUAAUUUCGUGUAAAAAGACUUGUUGGGAUUUGUAUGUUCUUGCUCAGUUGACAAACUUGACUUGUAUUGGUAGCUUUUGGUUUUCAUGUAUGCCUUCUAGCAAAUUCAAUCAAAUGUAAGCAAUUCAAAAAAUGAGUCCCUAUAUUGGUGUUUCCGUUAAAUAUUGAGAUAUGCUGUGUUGUAAAGUACAAAUUCACCACUACCUUUGUUUUUUUAUUUAGGGAGGGGGAGUCCAACACCUACUAAGAGAGUGGAACGUUCUAACAAUUAAACCAUUAGGUAAUGUUCAAAUUUAUCAUUAAAUGUUAACAAAUAUAAAAAUGAGAUCAAUCAUAGUUACACAUUCGGUACCUAUUACAUAAAAAUUAUCUACUUUUUAUAUUUAAUAAAAAAACAAAAAAUAAAAUCAUUGGCUGGGAUACUAUAUUCUCGGUCGAUACCUCCAGCUACCUAAUAUUUUCUCGAAUUUGCCCAUGAGU